AACGGAAGUUUUUAUUCGGUGUGGGAUUACUAAUUCGUGCAGUAUAUUACACAAAACACUCAUUGUUAUAAAUAAUUAAGACUGAAUUCUCGAGCUUACAAGAACACUGGAAAUAACAGCUAAAACCAAAAAAAAAUUUUUUAAGUUAUUUAUAAGAAGAAAUUAAGGGUUAAAAAAACAAAAGGACAAAAAGGCGUGUGCAACUUAUAUAACAUAAAUGUAUAUUAAUCGAGUUAUAUUCAUUUAAUUUUCUACAGAAAAUCUACAAAUAUAAUCUGUGAUAAUAAACAAAAAAGGACAAAAAAAUGUUUUCAUUUAAAUUAAUAACAUUUGCCGCUGUCGUCGGUUACAUAACGGCGUUCCCGUCGGGAGCUCCGGCAAACAUAUGCGGACGGUAUGUUCCAGGCGGACAUAGAAAUAUGGGUACCCCCGUUGCAAAUGGGCCGACCACAGGGCCAUACAAGUUGGAUGUAACGCCCAGUGGAAAUGGUUUAUUUACAGUAACGAUACAGUCAACGACGUCACGUCCAUUCAGGGGUUACGUCAUUCAAGCCGUACAAUCAUGGAAAGAACUUCCAGACGGCCCGUCGGAUAUCGUCGGGACAUUCCAGCCCGAUUUUCAGCGUGGAAGAUAUCAGGUUCGAGCCUGUGGCGGUAGAAUGGCAGGCAGCAAUGUUCUAACUCACACCUCAAAAGAUGAUAAAACUCAAGCGUCAGCAACAUGGCGUGCACCAAGAAACCUUCCAGAUCCAAACAUCAAAUUUGUGGCCACCGUUGUACAAGAUUUCGACAACUUCUAUGUCGUCCAUUCUUCUCCAGUGAACAUACAAGACGGAUCUGUUGGUGCAACAGGUAGACCAUCUAUUGGAACAACAGGGAUGACCGGACAAGGUCAAGGCUUAGGAGGAAGCGGUCAAACUAUUGGUAACACUGGUCAAGGAUUCGGAUCAAUGGGAGCAGGCUUCGGUACUGGGGGACAAGGAUUAGGAACCACCGGUCAGAGUUUUGGAACAAGUGGACAAGGUUCUGGUAUUGGUGGUACCAGCGGGGGUUUCCCAUCUACCUCAACUGGUGGGUUAACCACAUUCGGCGGCUCAAGUUCUUCCACAGGUGCAGAUAAUAUUGAUACAUUAGGCGGAGGCGGUGCUAUGUCAGGUCAAGGUCAAACUGGCUUUGGUCAAGGACAGUCAACAUUUGGACAAACGAGACCACCAGUGUCUGGUAUGGGAAACCAAUUUAGUGGGUUUGGAAGUCAGUUUGGUCGUCCAAGCGGUAUGCAACAAGGAGGUAUGUUUGGUGGCUCUAGAUUUGGAGGAAGUCCGUUCGGAGCAGGAGGAUUUCCAGGAGGAGCAGGCUUCCCAGGGGGAAGACCAGGAGGGAUGGGUAUGACACGAUUCGGACCCGGUGGGCCUGGCGGGUUUGGUGGUGCAGGUGGUAUGCCAUUUGGAACAGGUGGAUCUAUGUUUGGUGGCCAAACAGGUGGACAAGGUACAUUUGGCCAAGGAGGUACAAGUUCUACUGGAAUGACUGGUGCUACUGGAGGUCAGGGUCAGACUCAAACAGGAGGGCAAACAACACAAUUUGGUGGUUCAACGAUCGGGGCUCAAGGCCAGUCCCCAUUCGGCGGUUCGUCAACGUUUGGGGGUAGUUCAACUCAGUUUGGAGCAGGUCCAUUUGGUCCACAAUUUGGAGGUGGAUCAUUUGGUGGACCAGGUUCUUUUGGUGGACCAAGUUCGUUUGGUGGACCAGGUUCUUUUGGAGGACCAGGUUCUUUUGGAGGACCAGGCUCGUUUGGUGGACCAAGUUCGUUUGGUGGACCAGGUUCUUUUGGAGGACCAGGUUCCUUUGGAGGACCAGGCUCGUUUGGUGGACCAGGUGCCUUCGGCGGUUCAUUUGGUUCUGGAGGCCGCGGCGGACCUGGUCCAUUUUCAGGUCCAGGGGGUCCUCUAGGAGGGGCUUCAAGAUUCCCAGGUGCAGGAACAGGCUUCGGUGGUGGAAGUCCAAUGGGAUCGUUUGGCUUUGGAGGACCAGGGUCACAGGCUGGAGGUUCUGGUGCAAGCGUAUUUGGUGGUUCUUCAGGGGCCUUCCCAACAGGUCAAACGGGUCCAUUUAGUGCAGGUGGAAUGCAAGGAGGUGCAGUGUCCGGUGGUACACAGUUUGGAUCUGGUUUAUCACAAAGUCAAGGCCAAACAGGACCACAAGGACAAACAAACACUCAAGGCAUAUUUGGCCCUCAAGGACCAGCAGGUACUGGUUCCACGCAAACAGGUGGAUCAACAGGAUUUAACAGCUUUGGGCCAGGAACCGGAAGUUUUAGUACAGGAACUGGCUCUGGAAGUUCACAAACAUUUGGUGCAGGAAGUCAGGGCACCGGAAGUGGAGUUGGCAGCUUUACUUUCAGUGGUUAAAAAAACAAACUUUGAAUAGCUAUUUAUAAAUCCGUUGUGUAAAAAAUGUCAUGCUAUGUUAUAGAACAUGAUUUGAGAGCAUUCUCAGAACAUUGUAAAUUAGUCCCUUUCAAGACUUAAAUGCUGUGAAAAUUUGUUUCUUUUAACAUUUAUUGCCAAUGACGACGGUUAAUAUUUAACUGUUAUCAAUAAAAUGCCAGGUGACUUUUAGUCUCCUAUGUGAUAUAAACUAUUUGUCAUACUUAAAAGUACAACCUGAAAGACUAGACAAGGGUCUCCCAGAUUUCAGUGAGAACAAUUUUAAUAUAUACAAACAGGACAUUUUUCUAUAUUUGUUUAUUUUUGUUACCUUUAAGAUAUUUGUAUUGUUUUAUUUAUCAAAUUUUAAUCUUGUAUGCAAAUUAUACACUUAUAUGCACAAUUUAGAGACUUAAAAUAUUUAUUGUUACUAUAA